GUGCUGACGUGCCUUAUCUGCGUUGAUACUUCUGCUUAAACAGGCCACAGAGAUGUCAUCAGUAGAAGGCUUCUAAAAAAACAACAGUCACAGGCUGGACUAUCAAACAGGAAGUGAUUCUGCUAAUUCUCCAUCCGCGCUUCGUUAGCUUAGCUCAACAUCACGCCUACACAGCUACUGAAGAAAAACAGCCAGAAUGUGGUUAGGCUUGCUAACCAAACUGGUGCUAUGAAACACCAAUCUGAAUCGUUAUUUGGUGUAGGCCUACGUGGUACGGGGAAUUCAGUGGAGUGUCUGAAGAGUUAAUAAUAUAGUGUGUGACACCAGUGACCUAGAAGACAAUUUUUUUAUUUGGAUGUAUGACUUCUGAUUUGAAACACUAGUGAUGUGAUCACUUUGAUCAUCAUCGUCCAAUAUCAGGUUCAGCUAGGGGAAAUCUUACAAUUUUGUGAAAGAACCAGGAGGAACAGGUCGGGCUUUUUAAACGUAAACAACAACAUUCUGCUGAAGAGGGUAUUCCUUUUUGAAGAACUAAAACUAAAAAUGGUUCAGCUCAGUACCUUAUUUGUUUACAUUGUUUUUUCUUUUGUUUACACCUUAUUUUCUAUUACACAGACUUUUUGGCACCAUAUUGUGGUUAGCACAGUAUUAUGUUGGUGGCAGAUGGCCUUCCUCAGACUCAUGGGAGUACUUGGGACUUCCUGAAAGUCUCUUCUUGUAGCAGGCUAAUGUCUGCCAUUUUGUUUAGCGUGCACCCUGAUAACUGAUCAGACAGGACUUUCAGUGCUGAUGAAUCCUACACAGGGUAAACACGGAUACAUGGACAGAUUACUCUUUAAAUAAUUAUUGUAAAUCGUUAAUAGUAAACAAUGCUGUGACUGUGGAUGUGGCUAUGAACUGAAUGAGUCAUAGAAUGAGCCUGCUUCAUGAAGAAGGCAUGAAGUAACUGUGAAAUUACAUAACUGGGUAUAUAACAAGGUUUUCUCAGGUUGACAUAUGGUCUUUAUGUUAAGUUACCAUGUGAAAACGAUUUUCUGAAGCCAAUGGAGAACCGUGGUCUCAGUUCUCUCCUGCUUUCUGACGUGCUGUUUGGGCCAACCAGACUGCCCUUUAGAAUGCUAAUUCCAACACGGCACCCUGAGGUUAGGUAGACCCACAUACUUGGUCAGGCAUUGCAGCUUAAAGCAUUAAACACAAUCAGCUCUUUUUGCCCUCGUCAGGAACAGGGUAGUCAUGAAAAAUAAGCUCAAUGUUAAUCCAUUAAAAAACAAAACGUGAUGGAGCUGGCAGUCUUUAGGGGCUUUCAGUGGAUUCUGUUUUCGUAUUGGACGGCCCUCUACGUGUAAGUAACAGCAGCAGAGGUUUUAAUUGGACAGCUGAGUGGACAGAUUAGCUUAAAAGCAACACUCUGACCACACAGACCACAAGUUGAAGUUGAAGUCUGAGGUUCUAGGUUCUAGCCUGGAGGGGUGGGGAGCAGAAAAAGGUAGCAGGAAAGACGGCAUCAACUUGUUCACAGAGAGUGCCUCGUUGUCAGAGGUUGUUAUGGAGUACCUGUGGAGUCGCACGGAGAAGUUGGAAGGGACAGACAACGGAGGGUCCACCAUUUCUUCUUGUGUCGAGCAGCUCAUAGGAGGUAUUAGUGACAUCUUGAGCCUGGAGAAUAUUCUAGAAGCAACAGCGUCUAUUUUGGACGAUGACGAGGACGAGAAUGACCUCGAGGAUGAGUUGGUACUCCAGUGUGGUGGCAGGAAACCCUGCUCUGUGGACGGAGAUGGAGACCAGUGUCAAACUGACUUUCAAACUGAGGAAAAACCUUCAGCAAAUGAUCAGCCUGAGAUCUCAGAAAACACAGAGUCUAUGUCUGAACAAAAAAACACCACUGAUGAUGUGACUGUUAAAGACGACCAGAACCUGAAACCUUCAGAUGACACGAUUGCUGCGCACCAACUCAGCACAACUCAGGAAGAAUAUGAAGGGGUUAGAAACGACAGUGGAGAAGUUAGAAAUGACAGCUCUCCCCAAACACCAUCACUGUGUACAGUCACUGCCCCCACCUUGGACAACACAGAGAAAGGUAAUGAUGACCUUAUCUUAGCAGACAGAGAGGAUGGACCUGCCUCAGAGUUAGUCUUGUUGGACAAGGAAGUCCCAGCAACAUACGUAGAGGUCAGCAGAGUACAGUCAGAGGCAGCAACCCCUGAAACAGUCCUGGAUCAUAUCAGUGAUUUGCCUCAAGAAAACAUCCUCCAUGAUACCGCCAGCCCAGACUCAACUCAGCAAGAGAUGGCUGAUCAGAGCCUGGACUUAAGCAUGUUGCAGCCUGAGUUAGAUGAACUGAGCACAGAAACGUCCCCAUUAGCUGGUGUAGAAGACGUGGAGACGAGUCCAAUGACUUUCAGUACAGACAGCCCCGACACAGAACCUGAGGGCGAAUCUGAGAAGCCUCAGACUGGGGAUUUAGAUGUGUCACCCGAGCCCCAAAUGAUAGAAACUAUUCUGGAUGAAGAUGCCAGCAGCAGUGACUUACAGACAAAUGCGAUGAGCAGCGGUGACUUACAGACAAAUGCGAUGAGCAGCAGUGACUUACAGACAAAUGCGAUGAGCAGCGGUGACUUACAGACAAAUGCGAUGAGCAGCAGUGACUUACAGACAAAUGCGAUGAGCAGCAGUGACUUACAGACAAAUGCGAUGAGCAGCAGUGACUUACAGACAAAUGCGAUGAGCAGCGGUGACUUACAGACAAAUGCGAUGAGCAGCAGUGACUUACAGACAAAUGCGAUGAUCCAGAGUGUGUCUGACUCAGCGCAUACAGAAACUAAUGCCCAACCAGCCCCCAGCUCCCUCCCAGCUAGCCAGCCCCCCACACAGGACCACAGCCAGGACCAGCAUGACAACCCUCCUUCUGUGCCAGAGGGGGGGACAGCUCCCCCAACCCUGGAGUGGGGAGACGGGGAGGCUGGGUCACCUGAGGACAGUAGGGGGGGGACACCAGGCGGGGAGCAGCCAGUCUUCACAGAGUCAGAAUCCCUAACCCCGGAGCCUCCAGCACAGGCGCCCUCCGCAUCACACACCCCAGAGCCUCCAGCACAGGCUCCCUCCGCAUCACACACCCCGGAGCCUCCAGCACAGGCGCCAUCCGCAUCACACACCCCGGAGCCUCCAGCACAGGCGCCCUCCGCAUCACACACCCCGGAGCCUCCAGCACAGGCGCACCCCGCUCAGUCCCAGGACCAGCAGUCGAGUGACCAGCCUCCUGCUCCUCUGCCUCUUGCUCCAGAGCCAGACGCGUUCCCUCCAGCCAGCUUGCAUGACAAGCCUGAGAGCCCCCCCUCAGGUCUCACAGCACCAGACUUUGCCGCCGUGGGCCAGGAAGUGACAUCAAUGGAGCAGACGGGUGAGGAGGCCUCAUCGGCAGAUGAACCCAGCAGAGGUGCACUGCAGGUGAAUAGAGAGGAGGAGCCAAGCCAGCUGCCCAUCGCUAAGCAACAUGACAAACCUGCGCAAGAGGAGGGAAAGAACGACCAAAAGGAAGUGGAGCUGGAGUUCGAGGAGAAAGUAGACGAUGAUGAGAGUGGCGAAGACACACAGCGAGAAAAUGGAGCCCGCAGCUCCCGGUCGCUCGAGGAGACGGCUUCCGCUGACAACCAAGCAGCCCGUAUAAAGUACAACACAGUGUGUUACAGAAAGAUCAAGAGAGGGAACACCAAACAGAGGAUUGAUGAGUUUGAGUGCCUGAUGAAUAUCUAGGUCAGAGGGAGAGGGAGGUGAGAGUGACUUGGUUAGGGAUAGAGCAGGACUUAUUCUUUUCUGUGUGGAACCAUUCGGCAGAACAUUCAUCUUUGGGCACAGCAGUGGUGUACGUGUAAAAUGUCCUUAUUGACGCACAAGCUCAUGAACCCAAACACAAAACAAAUAAUUUACAAUAACACUGAACAUGUUAUCAUUUGCUUUAUUUAUUUACUUUUUCCCCUACCUUUAUAAACUUACCCCAAACUUUAAACCUUCCUUUGUCAUGGCAGAGUGUUUCAGACAUCUUCAGUCAGUUAGAUAUCAGGAUAAAUUGUAUAUCAUGAGAUUAUAUUGCAAUUCACGACACUAGCAAAACCAGUAGUUUAGGUUAUUGAAACUGGUGACAUUACUGUCUAGGGUUGAAAUGAAUGUUGUGUAUGCUCUGAAAUGUAUAUAUUUUAGAUCUAUUUACUAUUUACUGUAAACACCAUUUGGACAUAGUAUGGAACCUACAUUUGACCCCGUAGGCUUUUGUUUUGUUACCUUAUACCGUGUGGCUAUAUUGUUUCAUAUUCACUUUGGUGUUUUGCUACAUUUGAUUUUGGGUGUUUGUACCCAUUUUGACUUUGAAAUGUGUACUAAAGGUACUCACUGAGUGCCACGCAAGAAAUAACAACUGUGAUGCACAUGUUUUGCUUUACAAUAAAAAAUGGUUAAAUCA